UCAAAUGUCCCUAUAAAUCCAAACACUUGACCGCCUUCAACCACUUGGACACUUGCCAGCGGCGUGUACUGAAUCUGUUGGUCCUACUAGCCAAAUGCCAUGGGAUUGGCAGAGGACGACAACCAGCCUCUGUUAAUCUCAUCAUCCGCAGCAGCAGCAGAAGAAGUAUAUGAACAAGAAUCAAACGGUGGAAAUUUGAUCAGACGAAUCUUGUUAGAGUCGAAGAAAACAUGGCACAUCGCGGGCCCCUCCAUCUUCACUCGAAUCGCCUUGUUCUCCCUCACCGUCAUCACCCAAUCCUUCGCCGGCCACCUCAGCGACCUCGACCUCGCCGCCAUCUCCAUCGUCACCACUGUCAUCAUCGGCAUCACCUUCGGCUUCUUGCUAGGAAUGGCGAGUGCGCUAGAAACGCUUUGUGGUCAAGCAUAUGGUGCAAAACAAUACCACAUGUUGGGCAUUUAUAUGCAACGCUCGUGGGUUGUGCUUUUUUUCAGUUCAAUUUUGUUGGUGCCUCUUUUUCUCUUCGCUACGCCCAUACUUGAGUUCACGGGGCAAUCAAUGGAGGUGGCAGAGCUGUCGGGAGUGGUGGCGCUGUGGUUGAUUCCGAUGCACUUGAGCUUUGGGUUUCAGUUCACGUUGGUGAGGUUUUUGCAGUGCCAACUCAAGACAGCGGUGAUCGCUUGGGUGUCCGGUGUGGUACUUGCACUCCAUGUAUUUGUUAGUUGGUUGUUUGUGUAUAAGUUGAGGGUUGGCAUUGUUGGGACUGCAAUUACCCUCGAUUUCUCAUGGUGGGUUUCAGUUUUAGGUCUGUUUGGGUUUGUUGUUUGUGGUGGUUGUCCUCAUUCUUGGACUGGUUUUUCCAAUCAAGCAUUUGUUGGGCUGUGGGAAUUCUUCAAGCUGUCUGUGGCUUCUGGGGUCAUGCUCUUGUUGGAGAAUUUUUACUUUAGAGUGUUGAUCAUAGUCGCAGGUAAAAUGCAGAAUGCUGAAGUUGCACUUGAUGCCCUGUCCAUCUGCGUCACUAUCCUGGCAUGGGAAUCCAUGAUUCCCCUUGGAUUUUUUGCAGCAACUGGGGUACGUGUAGCAAAUGAGCUUGGAGCUGGCAAUGCAGAAGGUGCGAAGUUUGCUAGCAUUGUCUGUGUGUUCACCUCCCUACUUGUGGGCAUUCUUUUUUGGGUUCUGAUCUUAGCCAUCCCUGAUAAGCUUGCGAUGAUCUUCACUUCAACCACUUCUGUAAUCACAAUGGUCGAACAAUUAUCAGUGUUGCUGUCAUUUACCGUUCUCCUGAACUGCAUUCAGCCAGUACUCUCGGGUGUGGCAGUUGGGUCUGGUUGGCAAGUAUUGGUGGCAUUUGUAAAUGUAGGUAGUUACUAUAUAGUUGGAGUUCCGCUUGGGCUUGUUAUGGGCUGGUUCCUAGAUUUUGGCAUUGAGGGUAUUUGGUGUGGAAUGAUCAGUGGAACAGUGGUCCAAACAUUGAUAUUAACAUUUAUAACGGUCAGAUGCAAAUGGGAAAAACAGGUGCAAAAAGCUCGCGUGCAUACGAACAAUGAGGUUGCAACCAACAGACUAUUAGCAAGUUAAAUGGCAUACCCGUGGCCCGAAGCUCCUGCAUAUGCUGGUCUGGAAAAAGUUUCAUCUACGCAGCCUUACCUCUACAAGUAGAUUGACGGUUUUUGAGAAUUGAACCCAUGACACCUUCAAGCCACAAUUGGGCAACUUCACCACUGCGACAGGUCCGGUCCUUUAUUAUCCCAGUACAUGAAAUACAUCAAAAUGCUUUUUCUCGGACCAUUGAACAUUUUAUGUGUGCAUGAAUCACAACAUUAUUCCUUAAAUCAAUUCAUGGCUGGUGGAACCGUGGAAGGAAGAGUAUUAUAGACCGGUUUAUUUCCCUUCUUUUGUGACUCCGGAUGUAAGUGGAAAUGGUUUUAUCGUCGAUUAUCGUCGUUCUGGACUUAGUAAAA